GUGGUUAAGGUUAUAGAUCUUAUCUUAAACCGAAUCCAUGGUUUAUGAAAACGUCCACUAUAUUGAUAAGUUAUAAAACUUAUGUGAUAACUGAUAACCCUUGGCGCACCCUGAAGUUAAUUUUUCAUUUUCAUUUUAUUUUCAUAAACCGAGGAAAAUUUUAUUUUGUUCUUUCAUUUUUAAAAAUUUAUAUAUUCACAGUGUAUGAUUUAUAAUUAUAAAAUAGGAAAAUAUUAUUUAUUUUAAAAUUUAUUUCGUUCAAACCAUGUAAUUGUUACAAUGGGCUGUGUUUACAGCAGCAGAAAAACUAUACCAUCUUCUGUGUUCAAAGUAAGUAAUUAAUCAAUUAAAUUUUAGAAAACUAAAUUAUUACUGAGUUUUAAUAAUUUAUAGGUUACUAAUAUUGAUGAUGUUGGUAAUGAAAAAUAUCAUGGUCAAAUGGAAAUUAAUACUUGUAAUUUAGUACUUCAUAAAAGUAGAGAACCACCCAUUAUAUGGCCAUUGAGUACAGUGCGACGUUAUGGAUAUGAAGAAUCUAUGUUUUGCUUUGAAGCUGGACGCUCAUCUCCUUAUGGCCAAGGAAUAUUUGCAUUUAGAAGUAAAGAUGCCAAAAGUAUUUUUAAUGCUGUCAAAGGAAAAUUACAGGUAUGAACAAUUCAACAGUUUAUUACAAUACCUACUUAGUUACUUUCAGAUAAAUAUAUAUAUAUGUAUAUAUAUUUAUACAUUUAUAUUUUUAGUUAUUACCUUUAACUAGUUUGCAUGUAGAGCUAAUUAAAAUUAAAAUAAUUUUUUUUAAAUAUGAUAGACUUAAAUCUAAAAGUAUCAAGAGAAAUAUAAAGCAAUGAAGACUAAAUAAGCAAGUUUCGGAGCUUUAACAAAAAAAGGAGUCAUUAGCAGUUUUAGACUUAAAAUAAGGGAUAGCAAAAAAAAUGUGAUUAAGAGAAAAAAAGGAAGGAACUCAAAAACUGAAUUUAGGCUAGAAGCUCAAGAUAUACAAUAUUAUAAUUAUUAAAUCAUAUAUACAAAUAUAAUAUUGAUCAAUUGACGUCUAAAUAAGAGAGAGUCCAAGUUUACUAAAUUUUGGUCUGGAAGGAGAGAGUCUCUAGAAAUGAUUAGGUUAAUUGGAAAUCAAAAAAAAGUUGGUAUACAUUGUACUAUUAAUUUUUUUUUUUUUGUUUUUUCCGGCCAACCAUUAAUUUUCUAACUAGAAAAGUUACUGAAGUUAAAACUAAAAAUAAAAAAAGUUACACUUUAUACAAUCAAUAUUAAAAAAUUGUUCUAUAAGGCAUCAGUAAACAAUAAUAAUACAUUCAUUACUAUUAUAAAAGUAUAAAAUGCUAUUGCUAUUAUUAUAGAAUUAAUAGUAUAAUUAAUAACACUUAAUGUAACCAACUAUAAUAUAAUAAAUAAAUUGUUUUAUUUUGUUGUGGAUUAUUUUUCCUGUGGCUUUGUUUCCCUAUAUUUAAGUUAAUCAUAUGUGCAAUUCUUUUUAACAAUUUAAACUGAAUAUUAUCAAGAUCAUAAUUUUAGGUGAAUAAUGAUUGAGACUAAAUUACUGAGACAAAUUGUAAUACAGAUUGCACUAGAGGGCAAUAAAGUAUUUUCAGAGUAUUAGGGUUUUUAAAUUUUUGGGUAUUUCUGUGUAUAAAACUUGAAAUGUUGUAAGACUUGCUAUGCAUAUAAUCAUGAUUUAUUCUUAAAGAUAAAUCAGCUGAAAUGAACGCCAAGAUCAAUUAUUUAAAGUUAUAUUGCUAUAUAAAGCUAUAAUUAUUUAAAGAAUAUUUAUAAGUAACAGGAUUUUUACUAUGAGUGAAAGAAACAAUUUUGCAUUUAUCAAUAUUUAAUUGAAGAAAAUUUCUCUUUCUCCAAUUUAAAAAUUUAUUUGGGUUUUUUUGUAAAUUUACAGUUAGAAAUUGAGUUAAUUUGCAUCGUCCAUAUAAAAAAGAACUUCAACGCUAUUAACAAAAAUAUGAGGCAAAUCAUUUAUAAAUAAUAAUAAAAAGUAGUGGUCCUAAAUGAGAUCCUUGUGGUACACCUGAUAAUGCUUGAAACUCAUUCAAUGUUUGAAAAGAUAUUUAUACAAUUUGAGUUUGAUUGUGCAAAUACGGUGUUAUCCACCUUCAAAACGAAUCAGAAAUUUCAAAGAAUUUUAGUUUAUUUAAAAGAAGUAGAUGGUUUAUCUUAUCAAAAGUUAGAUAGAUAGCAUCUAUUUGUUAACCAUAUUAAAAGGUCAGACUGACAUAUUUCGAGGUUAGUUGAGAUUGAGUGCUAAGGUAAAAAUCCAUGUUGAGAUUCACAAAUUUAAUUUGAAACUAGCAAAGUUAACUUCUUAGUUAUAAUAACUGCAAUAAUUUUUGGUAUUAAUGACAAUUUAGUUAUUGGUCUAUAAUUUUGAAUAUCAUUUCUACUACCAGAUUUGUAAAUAGGAAUAACAAAAAAAUUUUUCCAUAAUUGUAGGAAAGUACCAUGAUAAAGUGAACAAUUAAAUAAAAAGUGUAAAGGUUUAACAAGAGAAUGUUUAUAAGCUUUCAAAAACAAAGGUGGCAUACCAUCUGUCUCUGCACAUGAGUGCUUAUUUCAAGAAUCAAGCACAUCUAAGAUUUCGUUUUCAGAUAUAUUACAAGUGUCAAUAUUUUUUAAAUUAUAAUCAUUAGAUAAUUCAAAGUCAAAAGAUUCAGCGUUCAGAUUUGUACCAACAAAAACAGAGAAAAAAUAUGUAGCAAAUAAAUGCAAACUAUCUUUAAUAGAGUUUGAUUUUAUGUUAUUCAGAAAAACGUCUGUGGGAAAAUUAAUAGUAUUUGACCUUAGUGAUUUAAUAUAUUUCCAAUAUGAUUUUAUAUUAUGAUUAAUGUUAAGUUCCAAGUUUAAAUACAUUAUUAGUAUUAUGUUUAAAUACAUCAAAAAUAAGUUUUUAGAGAACACGAUUACUUUACGAUCCACAUAACUCAACAAACAACUGUUGGUACAAUUUUUGUUAGCAUUUAGCAACUAGAUAUAUUACAUGAUUUUAAAUACCUUCAUACUACCUAUAUAUAUAUUUUUUUUUAUUUAUUUAAAUUUAUAUGGUUUAGCAAACCUGGUGCUAUUACAAGUAUGUAUGUUUAACAAUUAUAUUGAUUAUUAAUUAUUUAAACUGAUAUGUUAUUAAAGACAGGAUAACCUUCCCCUAUUGUUAUGAAUUUGUUACAUUUAUUCAUGUACCACGAAGUAUAUUCUUAGGAACUUAUUUUAAAGACCUUGGAUCCUAUUUAUCUUAGUAGGUGAUGCAGCAGAUCAUAUUAGACAGAAAUAAGUUGUCUGAUUAUUAAAGUGUAUGAAGGAAGGGUGAAUUAAUUUGAAGUAUUUAUUUUGAGUUGUCUAGAACUAUAUAUUAAAGUAUUUUAUAUUAUUUGUGGACAGUAUAAUUUACAACUUAUUUUAAAGAUCUUAUUUCUUUAUUGAAAAGAAUAAUUAUAUAACUUGCUUACUUUUAUAUUUUUUUAUAAGUAAAAAUUAUGUUUCAGACUGGCAAUGGAACAAAUAUGGCCAAGGAUAUGUCUUCUGAAGUACGUAAUUACUCUGGCCAAUCAUAUACAAGUACACAUACAAUUGAAGAAAAAGUUUAUGAUGAAGUAAGUUUUAGUGGAUUAAGGUAUAGCAGCGAGUCAAAUAAUAACAUUCAACCUCUAGAUCUCAUGUUAGAUCCAGAUACUGUGUUUUUACCACCAAUAUCAUAUAUAAAUGUUAUAAACAAUAAUGAAGAUGAUGAUUAUUUAUUAAAUGAUCCUUUUGAGUUACCUAAGGAUAUUCCUACUUACACGGAAGUGGAAAUAGCUACUAGCAGUCCUAAAAAAAAAAGUGAAUCGCUACCUACUUCACCUACUGAAAUGCCAGGUUAUACAGCUAUAGAUUUUAAUCGAACCAUGCAUUUAAGUCAGAAAAUGCUUAAAGGUAGUGAGGAUGCAGGGAUGAGAAAAACAAGGCAUGAUUCAACAAUGAGUAAUCCUUAAUUUAAUUCACACAAUUCGGUUACCUGUUUAAUCUACCUAAUAAAAUUGUGGUAUCAAAAUAUCUAUGAUCUUCAAUUGUUAAUUAAUUAAAUAUAGUUUUAUAUUUUUGCUCAAUACAUGUUUAGUAUAUAGUUCAAUAUUUCCAAAAAGUAAAGCUCUGUUUCUAGUUAACAAUGAAAAAAAAAAACACUUGCUCAACCCGUGAUUUAAUUGUGCUAGUUUUAUUUUUAAUUUAUGUAACUAGAGAUAUGCAAUAGGAUAUGAUAAUUAAAUGUAUAAUUUUUUAUAAUUGGAAAUCUCAAAAAAACUGUAAUAUGUUAUUGGUAAUUAUAAGAUAAUUUCUACAAUAAUAAUCUAUGCCAAAGAGUUGUUUUUACAAUAUGUUAAUAUAUAAACAUAUAUCGGAUACUCAAUGAUGUGAUAAACAUUUGUUAUAGUGUUAGUAAUUCAUGAUCUGUUCAUUGUUAACUAUUUUACCACAUUAAUAUGUACAAUGUUUAUAUUUAUAAUAGAUAUAUAUUAAGAGUUUAUUUGUUCCAUAUUUAAUACAGUGCCACACUUUAUAAAUAUAAUUUAAGUAUUUUUAUUUGAUAAAACUAAUCAAAAUAGAUUAACAAAAUUAUUUAUAAAAAGUAAACAAUAAUUUUCAAAUUAUUUAUAUUAGGAUACAUAAUACAUAAUUAUAUAACUAGCUAUUAAUAUGCUAAAAUUAAUGAUAAAUAUAUCCGCUAGGUAAUUUAACUAUAAUCAAUUAGAUCUCUGGUCCAAAAGUAAAUUGUUCAACAGUUUUCUAGGAAUAAAAUUAAGAAAUUAUAUCAAUUUAAUUUGACAACCUAACCUACAUUCUAAUCCAUCAGAUCUAAUCAAAUUGUUUAAUUUUUAAUGCUAUUGACAAGGCUAGUUAACAUGGAUCAUUCUUACUAGGCCACUAGGAUCACAUCUGUAAGGCCUUAUGUUUAUAUAUAUUAUAUUAUGUAUUUAUAAUCAAAACCAAUUAUUAGCAAUAAUGUAAUGUGUAUGUAUUUAAAAUAAACAACAGUACACUUAUGUAUUAUUAAUAUAUAAAUACAAAUUUAAUAAAAUCUAGUCAUUUCCUUAUACUAUAAAUCAAUUUAUGAUUAAUUAUAUGUUCUGUAAGUCUUGCAUCCCAUCCAAUAUUUGUUAUGAACAAAUAAUAAAUAAUUUGCUGAACUAACCUAACCUCUUUCUUUCUCUAUAUGUGUACACCUAUUAUACAAUUCUAUGCAAAAGAAGAUACCUCAAACAAAUAUUUGAUUAUGAUACAUCAGUCUUAGUUAUUUUCACAAUAUUACAUAACAUUGUUUAUGGUACAGUGUUUGUUGCCAUAGCAACAGGCCACAUUAAUGGACCUUUGGAUAUCAUUUUAGACAUGGCAUUUUUAAUAGCAACAAAAUGUCUUUUGAAUUCUAAACCACAUCCUCUUGAAAGCCUGAAGUCCAUCAAUGUUUGAUGAUUCAUUGGAAUUAUAUUAGAUUUAAACACUAAGUGCUGGUCAGUAGUUGUAAUUGUAACCUGUAACCCAAUGAAAUAAAUAUAUUUAUUUCUAAACGUUUUCAACUUUUUUAAUUACUUACUAAACCUGAUGUAUUGAUUUUCCAUGUAUAUCCCAAAUCAUCAAGAAACUGUGAUAAAUUAACUAAUGCUUCUUCAGGUGACAAACAAACUAUAAACCUUGUCAUUCUCUUAACUAAUUUCUGUAUGGAGUUCUAAAAAAAUUGUUAAUAUUUUUUUGUUAUUUAUACCGAACAUAUUAAAAUGUAAAAUAAUUAAAUCUUUAAUUACAUUUGAUGUUGUUAACAUUGAUUGUGACGUUAGAAGUUGAGAAGAUAGUAACAAAUGUUCUACCUGAGUUGGUUGGGAAAAUGAAUGUAUUUCAGAUUCAUUGGGUGGGAUAGAUACUGCAUAUGAAAUGGCUGCAGGAGCCGGUUGUGAAUAACAUGGACGAGCGUCCUCAAAAUCUCUGUCUGACCAAACAGAAACACCCAUUUUCUUACUGUCUAAAUG